UUAUUGCGAAAAAUUUCGACAUACAAAAAAAAAUGAAUCAGACAAAAUUUGUUCAAACUCGAAAACUAAAUAAAUUUAUAAAUAAAAAUGAUUAAUAAAAAAAUCUGAAAUAUAUCGCUUAUUUGUCGCUAUUCGCGGAUUAGCCAAUAUCGUAAAAGAAUAGUUGCAUGCGCCCAUAUCUAAGCUACAUUAUAACUAUAUGUAAAAGUUAUUGAAAAAAAAAUUCGCGCGAUCUUUUAUGGCCAAGCCAUACGAAUUUAAUUGGCACAUUCCAGUACCCGAAAGUUUGCAAAAAGGAACAUUGUUCGAUCGAUGGGAAGAGGAUACUUCGAAUAUCGAUUUUAACUGCCAUUUUCGAGUUGACAAUUACGGCUUUUUCAUUAUUUGGAAAUGCGACGGGAAGGAUGGCCAAGUUUUAGAUAUUUCUCAAGUCAGCGACGUUCGGAAAGGAUCUCCACCGAAAGAUUUUAAGAUUUACGCCGAAAUCGAUUCUAGAGGUAAAGGUCUAUUGGAAGAUCGACUUUUAACUAUAGUCAGCGGGUUAGAUCUAGUCAAUGUUAGCUUCCUCCAAAUAGCGGCCCAAGAUCCGAAAAUUGCUAAAGAAUGGCUUGAGGGAAUAGCUAAGAUCAAUCACAAUCUCAAACAGAGCCACCUCUGCCCAAUGACUUGUCUCAAAAAACAUUGGAUGAAACUAUGCUUUGCCACAAAUCCGAAUAAUAAAAUACCGGUGAAAAGCAUAAUUAGAACAUUCGCAUCUGGUAAAACGGAAAAGAUAAUAUUCCAAGCCCUGAAAGACGCCAAAAUAGCCACCGAUAAACUAGAAGAGAUAGAGCCCGACUCGUUCAAUUUCGAAAAGUUUUAUGAUUUAUAUCAUAGAAUAUGUCCCAGGACGGAUUUAGAUGAACUCUUCAAAACCAUAAACAAAGGAAAACAUGACUACAUAACCAUUCCUCAAUUUCAACAAUUCCUAAACGAUAAACAAAGAGAUCCUAGGCUCAACGAAAUCUUGUUUCCUUUUUACGACCUAAAAAGGGCCAAACAAUUAAUCGAUAUUUACGAGGUCAAUCGUGACCUCGCCAAAGAAGAACGCCUUAGCGUUGACGGCUUUUACCGGUUUCUGAUGUCGGACGAGAACGCGCCCGUGUUUCUCGAUCGGCUGGAUAUGUACCAAGAUAUGGACCAACCAUUGUGCCAUUAUUUUAUCAAUUCCUCUCAUAACACUUACUUAGUUGGCCGACAAUUCGGCGGCAAGAGCUCGGUGGAGAUGUAUAGACAAGUUCUAUUAGCUGGUUGCAGGUGUAUCGAAUUAGAUUGUUGGGACGGAAAAGGCGAAGAUCAAGAACCGAUAAUAACUCACGGGAAAGCUAUGUGCACCGACAUCUUAUUUAAAGAUGCUGUAUAUGCCAUCAAGGAAACCGCGUUUGUUGUUUCGGAUUAUCCAGUCAUAUUAUCUUUCGAAAAUCAUUGCUCAAAACUUCAACAAUACAAAAUGUCAAAAUAUUGCGAAGAAAUAUUUGGCGAUUUAUUACUCAGAGCGCCGUUAGACAAUUAUCCGUUAUCUCCUGGCGUUUUAUUACCCUCACCAACUUUACUCAAGCGUAAAAUUAUAAUAAAAAACAAGCGUUUAAAAGUGGACAUCGAAAAAAAACAACUCGAACUUUUGAAGCAGGGGAAAGCCGAAGCAAUCGAAACCGAGUACGCAAUCGCAGACGAGGAGGAUGCCAUUAACAUAAAAAAUGCUCACGAAGAAGCUCACCCAGAGUUUAACAAAGAUAUCCUCACUUCCCUCUCGGCUGACGUCCCUUUUGACCCUACUCCAUCCGUGGCGCCUCCUCGCCUUCCAGCCUCAACUCCUGCACCAACUCGUGUCAAAAAAGAGAAAGAUAGUGAAAACGUCAAGCCAGGAAUCAAUAAUUUUUCGAUUACGAGUUCAAAUACGGGCAACGCAAGUUUGAAUAACAGUAUGAACAGCAGCACGAUUCAAGACCCGGCCAUAUUGGCACUCGAGAAUUUAAGUAACUCGACAGGGAGCAGUAAAAAGGGGAGUACCAAGUUUAAAAAGGGCAUGAUAACUAGCGACGAGGAAGCGGCUCUCAUGUCUACUUACCACUACACUGGGGCCACCACCAACAUACACCCACUUCUUUCCGUUUUAGUCAAUUACAUGCAGCCUGUCAAGUUCCCCGGAUUCCAACUCGCCGAAGAACGAAAUUUGCAUUUCAAUAUGUCAUCUUUUAACGAAACUGCCGGUCUGAGUAUUAUCAAGAACAGCGUCAUUGAAUUCGUCAAUUACAAUAAAAGACAAAUCAGCAGAAUAUACCCCAAGGGUGGAAGAGUAGAUUCCAGCAACUUUUUGCCUCAGAUUUUUUGGAAUGCCGGAUGUCAAAUGGUAGCUCUCAAUUUCCAAACCGCGGAUUUAGCCAUGCAGCUUAACCAAGGCAAAUUCGAGUACAAUAAUAAUACGGGGUACUUAUUGAAACCCGAUUUUUUGAGAAGGCCCGACAGACAAUUCGAUCCCUUUUCCGAGACGCCGGUCGACGGGGUCAUAGCCGCUCAUUCCUCAGUUCAAAUUAUAUCCGGCCAAUUCUUGUCCGACAAAAAGAUUGGCACUUACGUAGAGGUGGAUAUGUACGGCCUACCCACCGAUACCAUCAGAAAAGAAUUCAGGACACGGCUAGUGCCCAGUAAUGGUUUGAACCCCGUUUACAACGAAGAACCUUUUGUUUUUAGAAAGGUAGUUUUACCCGAUUUAGCGGUUAUAAGGAUCGGCGUUUACGACGAAAAUAAUAGACUCCUAGGUCAAAGAGUAUUGCCGUUGGAUGGUUUACAAACCGGCUAUCGGCAUAUAUCCCUUAGAACGGACGCUAACUUUCCUAUGUCCUUACCCACCAUCUUCUGUUGUAUAGUGUUAAAAACUUACGUUCCGGAUGGAUUGGGAAACUUCGUAGACGCUCUCUCGGCGCCUAUGCAAUUUAUGCCCGAAACGGAAAAACGGCUCAAGCAACUCGAACAAAUGGGCAUAGACUCCGGCGAUUUAAAUGCGGAAGAUCAAGACACCCCUUCUAACCUAAGCAGUUCUUAUUUGUCGACUGGUCUUGGUAAUCUAUUAACUUCGGCCAAUUCCUCCGGUAAGAGUUUAAGCAGCCUUGCACUGGGAGCUUAUAAAACCUCAACGCCGACGACGAGUAUGGUAGGCAAAGGAAUUGGUGCCAGGAAGGAUCAACCCGCUAACGAAAUCAAUAUCGGUGACGGACAUGCAAGCUCUGCCGCUCUUUUUGGUCCAAUAACCCGCGAGAUACUAAAAGGCGAAAAGGAGUUUUCCAAACUGCUCAAACGUCAACAGAAGGAACUAGAAAUUCUGCGCAAAAAGCAGGGCAAGGAACGGUCCCUUUUCACUAAGUCAAGUAGCCAAAUCCAAUCCUUAUCCCCGGAUUUUGGGGACGAAAACGCGUCAUCCAUUUCUCCCGCCAACGCUAACGAUUACGUAGAUGCUCAUCAUAGAGAUAAAAUCCUUGCUUCACCCUCUUCCAUGCCAUCCGGCCUUGCAGCUUCCAGCUUUUCUAACGUCUCAAAUUUGACCAGCUCAAACAUCAAAACAUAUAAUGGUAUAGCCAACGGUUCUAUACACCCUGAAUCUACAUUUUUCAAGAAAAAAAUGAGUGAUUUAAAAUGCGUCGUGGGUGUUCAGAGCAAGAGCAAAUAUGAUGAUCCCAAAAUAUAUGUAUUAGAUGAAAAUUCCAAAGAAAAACUUAAAAGAGUAUUAAUCGAGCAGAGCCGAGAAUGGAACGAAUUACUGAAACGACAAAACGCCGAAUCGGUCGUUUUAGAACAGGCUCACGUGACCCAACAAUGCACGUGUUUGAGAACAUUGAUAGAACAACUCCAAAUCGAGCAAAUCAAGAAUCAGGAAAUCAAACAGGCCCGGGAAAUUAAGAAUAUGAAAUCAUCCCAGGCGCGGGCGAGUAUGGAAGCGAUCAAAGCGGUACAGAGCGACAAGAGGAUCAAGAAUAAGGCCGAGCGUGAAAGACGCGUUCGAGAACUUAAUUCUAACAACACCAAAAAAUUCAUAGACGAGCGCAAGCGAAUCGCCAUGAAACAUUCCAAAGAAAUGGACAGCAUGAAAAAGGUUCAUCAGGAAGAAAUUGAAGCUCUUGAGAAGGAAAACGAAAAAAUGCAAAAAGCUCAACAACUUAUCGCGGAAGAAGUACACUAUACGCAGACACCCGAAUCCGUUAUAUAAAAAAAAAAAAAUUAUUUUUAAAUAUGUAAAUGUUUAUUUAUAAAUUUUAAACAAUGAAAUCACUGGUGAAAUUUAGAAAAUUAAAAAUGUUAAUAUUUGACGAAUAUUUAAUAUUAAAUUCGAAAUCCCAAAUUAUUAUAAACAAAACUGUAUAAAAAUAACCAAAGAAGACCUUUUUCUAAAAAAAGAAA